ACGCGGACACACGCUUCACGAAGUGGUCUUUGCUAAUUGUUGUUAAUUAUUCCUUAAGUUAAUAAUUAUUUGUACUUCACUCUACUUGUUCGAGAGGAAAGAAAACAUGGGUGGCUGUUGCUCCAGACAGCGUGCCAUGGAGGAAGAUGGAGGAGCCCCUGACCAGCGCCCGGCACCUCCUGUGGUUGUAUCGCUGCCACAGAAGGAACCCUCUUUCUUCCACACUUUCCCAUCUCUCUCUUCUUCUUAUGUCUCCCCCACGACAUCCCUCCCCUCUUCUCAUGUCUCCCCCAAGACAUCCGUCCCCUCUUCUCGAUUUUCCCCCACUUCAUCCCUCCCCUCUUCUUAUUACACCCCCACUACAUCCCUCUCUUCUUCUCCUGUCUCCCCCACUACAUCCCUCCCCUCUUCUCCCGUCUCCCCCACUACAUCUCUCCCUUCUUCUCCUGUCUCCCCCACUACAUCUCUCCCUUCUUCUCCUGUCUCCCCCACUACAUCUCUCCCUUCUUCUCCUGUCUCCCCCACUACAUCUCUCCCCUCUUCUCGUCUCUCCCCCACUACAUCCCUCCCCCCUUCUUAUUUCACCCCCAAUACAUCCCUCCCCUCUUCUUGAGUCUUCCCCACUGAUUCUCUCCCUUCUUCUCGUGUCUCCCCCACUACAUAUCUCCCCUCAUCUUGUGGCUCCCCCACUACAUCUCUCCCUUCUUCUCCUGUCUCCCCCACUACAUCUCUCCCUUCUUCUCCUGUCUCCCCCACUACAUAUCUUCCUUCUUAUUUUGUCUCCCCCACUACAUGUCUCCCCCCUUCUCGUGUCUCCCCCACUGCAUCUCUCCCUUCUUCUCCUGUCUCCCCCACUGCAUCUCUCCCUUCUUCUCCUGUCUCCCCCACUACAUCCCUGCCCUCUUCUCCUGUCUCCCCCACUACAUCUCUCCCUUCUUCUCCUGUCUCCCCCACUACAUCCCUGCCCUCUUCUCGUCUCUCCCCCAAUACAUCCCUCCCCCUUCUUAUUUCCCCCACACACUACAUCCCUCCCCUCUUCUCCUGUCUCCCCCAAUACAUCCCUCCCCUCUUCUUGAGUCUCCCCCACUAAAUCUCUCCCUUCUUCUCGUGUCUCCCCCACUACAUAUCUUCCUUCUUAUUUUGUCUCCCCCACUACAUGUCUCCCCUCAUCUUGUGUCUUCCCCACUACAUCCCCCCCCUUCUCGUGUCUCCCCCACUACAUCUCUCCCCUCUUCUCCCGUCUCCCCCACUACAUCUCUCCCCUCUUCUCCUGUCUCCCCCACUGCAUCCCUGCCCUCUUCUCCUGUCUCCCCCACUACAUCCCUGCCCUCUUCUCCUGUCUCCCCCAUUACAUCUCUCCCCUCUACUCGUGUCUCCCCCACUACAUCCCCCCCUUUUUCUGAUCUCCCCGCCUCUCUCUUCUCGUCCCCAUCUUCUCCUGUUUCCAGUGCCACAUCCUUCCCUUUUCUAUUCCCUGUUCCUGUUCUUCUGUCCCCUGUGUCUCCUUGUCCCUCCCCCCCCCACUCUCUCCCCCCAACAGGAAUCCUUGGUCUUCCAGAUGUCAUCACCCCCAGCAGCAGUGAUGUCUCCUCCCCACCAGGAUGGUCAUCGGAUGUCAGUGAGCAAAGCAGAUCAGGGAAUUCAGAGGACACCCCCCUGCUUGAUGAGGAUGUAUUGGGGAAUAAAAUGUAGGUAACAAGUAGCAUUAAGUUCAUCGCCGGUGCAAUGAUGCCAAAAAUGACUAAUCCAUGUUUGUAACUUUGCAAUUUGUAUUCCUGCCUUUUUAUUUGUCCUUUAAAACAUCACUUCCCAUCCUCACUUGUGACCUGACCAGUGGGCCUCCUGCCCAGAUAACUUGUACUUUGAAUAACACCUCCAUUGAGUAGACUCCAUGUCUCACAGACCAAUUAUAAUGUUGUGGUGGUCUGUCUUUAGAGGUGUC